GUCUGAGUGGGAGAUGGACUGAGUGAGGGCGCUCUUUCGACCAGUGCUGCCGAUAGCAUUGAAAUACACAUACGAUAGGUUGAAAUUAUUGACGAUUUUACGUUGCUGAAUCAACAAGAAAAAUCUAGUACCGAUAUCAAUCUUUCACAUACCACUCCAAACACACUAACACGGCAUUGAUGGUAAUGUAUGCAAGGAAACAACCGAGACUCGGCGAUGGGUGCGACCGAAGAGAUUCUCAGCCCUACCAGGCUCUCAAAUACUCGUCCAAGAGCCAUCCAGGAGGGGACCACCGACAUGAAAAGAUGCGCGACUCCUCAGAUGUCACUCCUCCCUGCAAAAUGCUCAGGAGGUCUGACAGCCCUGAAAACAAACACAUCGACAGCACAGGGCACAGCAGAGCAAAGGCUGUCCAUACACACCGGGCCAGAGACAGGGAUGGAGGGACCAGUUAUUCUCCACAAGAAAAUUCUCACAACCACAGUUCCCUUCAUAGCUCCAACUCGCAUUCUAACCCCAGCAAGACCUCAGACACACCUUACGAACCUGGUGACGACUGGUCGGAGCACAUCAGCUCGUCUGGAAAGAAAUACUAUUACAACUGCAGGACGGAGGUGUCACAGUGGGAGAAGCCCAAAGAGUGGUUGGAGAGAGAGCAGAGGCAAAAAGAGGCAACAAAGACUGCGGUUGUCAACAGUUUCCCCAAAGACAGGGACUACAGAAGGGAGGCUAUGCAAGCAUCGGCAGCCACUGGCUUUACUGGAGCGAAGUCAGCCCAGGUGGAGAAGCCUGCAGCGUCCCAGUCGUCGUCAUCCUCUGCCUCAGGGAGCUUGAACCCCUCAUCGGGCACCCCUGGAUCGUCUGCCUCCACGGUGCCUGUGUCCCCAGUCCUGCAGUCCCCCGCCCCUCCACUACUGCAUGACCCCUCCCUGCUUCGCCAGCUUCUCCCAGCACUUCAGACUGCCCUGCAGCUUAACAAUGCCAGUGUAGACAUGGCGAAAAUCAACGAAGUUCUCACAGCUGCGGUCACACAAGCUUCAUUACAGUCGAUCCUCCAUAAGAUCCUCACUGCUGGACCAUCAGCUUUCAAUAUCACUACUAUCCUCUCUCAAGCUGCUCAACUCUCCAGCCAAGCAGCUCAGCAAUCGAACCAGUCACCCAUGUCGCUAACAUCAGAAGCGUCAUCGCCCCGGUCUUAUGUUUCUCCAAGGAUCAGCACACCACAGAGCAACGCUGGUCCCCUUAAACCCCACCACAGCACGCAGCCUGUCACCUCACAGACAAAAGUGAGCUCGACAGCAGGGAAGCAGGCGUCUCAUCCCCAUCCCACGUCCCAACAGUCCCUCUCCAGCGAUAAGCAGCACAGUCACGAUGCCACCACGGCCUCCCCGCGCAACCUCCAUCGCCAAGGCAGCCAGAGGAGUCCCUCCCCGGGUGCCAACCACGUGUCCUCCAGCAGCAACGCCUCCAACUCUGCCUCCGCUCCCCCCUCCGCCUCAGCAGCCCGGCCCUCCUGCACCUUCACCCCCACCCUGGCUGCCCACUUCAAUGAGAAUCUUAUCAAACACGUGCAGGGUUGGCCUGCUGAACACGCAGAGAAACAGGCAUCAAGACUACGUGAAGAGGCUCACACCAUGGGGAGCAUCUGUAUGUCCGAGAACUGCACCGAGCUCAAAAACCUCCGGUCCUUGGUCAGAGUCUGUGAAAUACAAGCCACACUGCGUGAGCAGAGGAUACUGUUUCUGAGACAGCAAAUCAAAGAACUUGAAAAGUUGAAGAAUCAAAAUUCUUUCAUGGUCUGAGAACUUUCUGGUUGCGAGUUGAAGCGGGGGUUUGGGGAGGGCAGGGGGUGGGGGGGAAAGACCCAUUGCACAUAGUUGGAAGCUGGAGGGAGAGCAGCUGAUCGGUUCCUCUUGAGCCCAGUCUUUAAACACACAGGAGCUGCAGUCGGGGUUGGCUUUGGACCGCUGGGCUGGGGAGGACCAAGAGGGAAACCUGAUGAGCUGUCGGAGGGGGACGGCAGGGUGCUUUACAAGACUCUGUUUUGUAAAAAACCCACGGUGGGGGGAGGGGGGGAUGUAGAUUUCUUGUAGAUGUUAUUAUCUAUGUUGUAAAUAUGUUUUGUAGAUUGAAGCCAUGGAAAGCCAUGCCUAUCAAAGCUUUUGACAUCCAAACUAAUCAACGCCGAGGGCCGGCUACAUUCAUUAGCUAGCCUUUCCUCCAUGUUAACGCAGACUAAAAGCUUCAUUUUGUCAAUUCAUAGAUCAUUAAACCAUUGAGCAUGUGUGACCUGCACGUAAAACGGAAGAGGAUGUUUCGAAGCCAUUUAUAUACACAGAAGCCUAAAGCAUAACUCACUGGUGUCAAUGUAGUUUCUUUCCUCAAAUAUCGGUUAACUGAUUACUCUCUAGAUUCUCUUCCUGCGCCCUCCUCUGGGUGAAAUGUAACCUGUACUCAGGCGUAGUGAACGUCCCCUCUGCGCAGGUCUUUGCUCACUACGGUUCGGUGAUCUACUUGCAGCUUCUGGUUGCCCUGCAUGUCCCGAUCUGAAGAAGAAAAAAAACAACAACAAAAAAAAAAACAGUGCCUGGUGGUGUGAUGGAGUAAGUGAUUUAAAAACAAAAAACAGAAAAAAAAAAUGAUGAGAUGUGAUGGCGUGCUGCUUUGGACCAUUCCCACUACCCUCCCCUGGCCUCAGCCCUGCCCUGCCACACCCUCUUCCUCCUGAGACAUCAACACUUCACACCCUCCAAGUAGUUUUUUUUAUUUUAUUCCCAAAGUUUCGGUUCUUCUUUUCUUUUUUCUUCCCCCUCUCCAACAUUGUACUUUUCAAGAUGAGAUGGGUACCACUGGUUCAUUCCUUUUUUGUACAGUCGCUAACAUGCAGUGGAGUUUUAAGAAGAGGACGCAGAAUUAAGAAAAAGGUUUUAUUUAUAAAGAGUUGUAGUGAUAAGCAGUUAAAUCCGAAUGAUAUCCACACUUUUAUUUGCACCCAUAUUAGGAGUGGUACUCCAGCGGGUUAGAGGCGGAUGUAUGCGGAUCACCUCUCGUGUCAGAGCAGGGCAACGAGAGGGCACACGGUCAAAUGUGAAAUGUAUGUAUUGUAAUAAAGAUGUUCAACUAAAGCAAGCACUGGUUAUUUUAUUGGAGUUUUAGGUUUGGUUCUUACGCUAGUGCCUUGUUGAAAGUCUUAAGUCUCGCAGCCUCAUUUACCUGCAACGCCCACACUUUAUUUCAUCCUGUCUGACCAACAAGAAAAGAUCUUCAACAAGCAUGUCAUGCACAGGGUUGUAUUUUUGUUUUGUUUUUUCUAGCACGUCCCAUCCAGCUCUUACUUGUUUGUUCCCCCCACUGUUGAAGCAGGGUCCUAAGCUGCAAAAAGCCUCUUUUUUUUUUUUCCACCAUACUAUCUAUCUUGAGUCUAACUGAACUGCAACACACUUCAGUGAAGGUGACCACAUCAUUGCUUUGUAUAUUGUUUCCUGAAAUAUAUUGACAAAUGAAAUAAAAUAUGCCUCUCUGGGGCCAUGUUGUU